AUGAAGGGACUGUUUGUUGGUGGGAUUCCUCUGGCCCUGCUCGCAGCCGCGGCCCAGGCCCAGUUCGACGGUGGUCCUGGUGACCUUGGCGUGCCUGGUGAUGCUGGACUGCCUUUUCUGCCCCAGGCCGAUGGGGGCACUGCUCUGGGUGGUCCAUCUGGCAACGAUGAUGGUGACGAUGUUGGAAGCAUCGCCCCUAAUGUCCACACUCACAGCGGUGUCCACGAAUGGAGCAAGGAUGACCACUCCAUUCAUGUCAAAGACAAGGAUGUGUACCCGCCUCCGGCGCCGUGGGAGGGGUCUGUCCCUUUCCCGGAAGGCCCUGGCCCGGUGAUCCCUGGUCUAGGUCCUUUUGAGAAGCGUCGCCACUGGCCUUCAGGUGGCACUGCCAUGGGGGGCCCAUCUGGCAAUGAUGGAGGUCAGAGCUUCGAUAUGCCGAUUACCGGCAACUUCGACACCGAAGUGAACGAGUUCAACAAGGACGACCACUCCAUCCAUGUGAAGCACAAGGAUGUCUACCCCCCAGCUCGACCCGAAUGGGGCUUCCCCUACAAGCGCCAAUGGGAGCCUGAGGACUGGUACGAUCACGACGAUUCCAUCAAUGUUGAGGAGCUCGAUAACCUACCAGAGCCAUGGGACUACCCCUUCAAGCGCGAUUGGGACCCUGAGGAGUGGGGACUUCCGGAAGGUGGCACCGCUAUGGGUGGUCCUUCUGGCAAUGACGGCGGCCAGAGCUUUUCUACCCCUGUCACAAUCAAUACUCACACUGGUGUCAAUGAGCAUUGGGAAGACGACCAUGGUGUCAAUGUCAAGAACAACGAUGUGUACCCUCCCCCUCCCGCGACACCGUUUGGUGCACCGGACUUCGGCGGCCCUGCCUUCCCUGGGCCAGAGCUGAAUGCUCCUCCUUCUUUUGAAGCUCCACCGGCUGAAGCUCCAGCUCCCCCCGCUUUCGAGCCCGCGUCGGCUGCUCCUAUGGCUGAAGCACCUGCCCCGGCUCCUGAAGCACCCGCCGCGGCCCCUGAAGCACCUGCUCCAGCCCCUGAAGCGCCCGCCGCGGCUCCUGAAGCGCCUGUCCCGGCUCCUGUAGCACCCGCGCCAGCUCCUGAAGUAUCCGCUCCGGCUCCUGAAGUGCCUGCUCCAGCUCCUGAAGUGCCUGCUCCAGCUCCUGAAGCGCCUGUUCCGGCUCCUGCAGCACCCACGCCAGCUCCUGAAGCGCCUGUUCCGGCUCCUGCAGCACCCGCGCCAGCUCCCGAAGCAUCCGCUCCGGCUCCUGAAGUGCCUGCUCCAGCUCCUGAAGCGCCUGCCCCGGCUGUGCCGGCCCAAGACCAAUUUGGUGAGACGAUUCCAGAGGGUGGUAUUACUCCCUUCCGCUCUGGCGCUCAGGAUGGUUACGCCGGCGCCUACUCCCCAGACAGCAGCCGCGUGUCCUCAGGGGGUCAAAAUUAUGGCCAGAAUGAUGGCCAGAACGCUGGUCAAAAUGAUGGACAGAACGGCGCAGAUGGUGGCCCCACCAUUGAAGGUGGUCCUUCCGGUAAUGAUGGCGGCAACAGCUUUUCCGGCGGUGCUUCCGUCUCUACUGACAGCCAUGUCAACGAGCACCACCAGGACAACCACGCCAUCAACGCUGAUGUGACCCACGUCCACCCUCCUUGGGAGGUGUAUCCUCCUCCAGUUGUAUACCCUGGCCCCGCGACGCCCUUCGACUUCCCGCCCUCUGGGUUCGAGGAACCCACAUUCGGACCUCCCUCUGGUGAGAUUCCUCCAACUUUCAAGAGCAAGAGCAAUCCGCCCCUCGAGGAGGUGGACCAUGCCCCUGAGUGCGCUGCAUCUGUACGUGAAGUCGAAGUCGUUCGCACUGUUACCAAGACCCACUAUCGACAGGUCGAGAAAACUGCUACUGUUUAUGUGCAGCAGCCCGCUACCAGCAUGAUUGUUGAGACCAGCGCUAUCCCCAUGGCCGCUGUGCCCCAGCAGUCCAACGUUUCAGAGGAGAAGGUGUACUCCAACCCUGCCCUGCACCCCUCGAUGGAGACUGUUGUUGCUAUUCCGGCUCCAUCGUCCAUGGUUCCUGUCUACAGCUACGAUUACAAGUCCCACCGCCCAGUGACCAAGGGCGUCGCCUACUCCAUGAUCCCUGUUGAUGUCCCGGUGCACUCUAGCAGAAUCAUGGGUACGUCAACCCCUGUUCAGAGCAAGGCGAUACCCACUGGUGUCUCUCCCGAAUUUAGCGCAUCAGCCUCUGCUUCUCCUUCUGCUCGUGUGCAGAUGUUCACCGGUGACGCUUCUCGUCUCUCUGGCGGCCUUGUUUCCGUUGCCGCUGCUGUGAUGGGCGUUCUUGCCUUCAUCCUGUAG